AUGGUUCAUAUUCCCAUUUAUAGUCUCGCGAACGCCUGUCACGAUUCUUGGACUCAGUUACGACUGUCGCCGAUGUUCGGCUGCAUCUGUCCGAACAAUCACAUGAAAAGACGCUGCGACAGGAUCUUCUCGAUGGUGAAUCACAAUCCGUGCGUUGAGUUCCUGCCCUCCUCCACCUCCAUAGACCUGUCGGGCACGGACUCGGCCCUGUAUCCGUUCGACCCGCAGCAGGAGAGCUACCAGGAGAUCUGGUUACCACCGACCAGUAUGUACCCCUAUUUUCUGUUCCCCGGGGCCGCGCGCACCUCGUACUACGACCACGAGAGCACGUACGACGUCCAGGAGCCGGGACAGAGGCGUCAGCACGGCCACCGUCAUCAGCACGGCCGCCAUCAGGAAGCACCGGAGUUGCCUGGCAGGCCCGGUGUCCUCGUGGUCGAAACGUACGAUCCUCGUGCCGAUCACGAGAACCGGCAGGAGGCUCGUGCUGGUACCGACGACGAGCAUCGGCCUCUGUACAGGGAGAAAGAUGCGGACGAUCGUGAAAUGGAGGGACCUGAGAGCUUCUAUGAUCGCGGCUCUUCUUCUUCUUCUUCUUCCUCUUCUUCCUCUUCUUCUUUUUCUUCGUCAUCGUCAUCUUCUUCUUCUUCAUCAUCAUCAUCAUCAUCAUCUUCUUCUUCAUCUUCUUCUUCUUCUUCUUUUUCUUCUUCUUCUUCUUCUUCUUCUUCCACGUUGUCCAAGCAUGAUCGUGCCUCCAGCACAGUGCACCUGCAGCCAAGGCACUCCCAAAGCGAGCAUGACGCGCACCUGCACCAUCAUCACCAUCACCAGCACCACCAGCACCACCAGUACCACCCUGCACCACCCGCACCACCGUCCGCCGCGACGUCGUCUUCGUCUUCGUCGUCGUCGUCGUCGUCGUUGUCAUCGUCGUCGUCGUCGUGGUCGAGUUAUCCGCCGCCGGCUCGUCCAACGCCUACCGUGGACGAGACGAAACGAAUCGAGAGGCCUGACCUUGUCCAGCCGAAGAAAUUCGCACCGAGGCCCACCUACGAGCACCGGGCAAUCUUCGAUCGCGCCGACGACGACCUCGAUGACGAGUUCAGGAUCGGCGCGCUACCAGUCGACCGGCUCUUCGAUCUCCGCGAGGCCUUCGAAGGGUUCGUCGACCAAGUGAAGGUCAUCUCGCAUCCGGACAACUCGACCAGUUUCGAGGUGAUCGAAUCGCAGUUGGAGAACCCGCUGAUCGACGCCGACCAUCACGAUCUCGUUGCCAUGAAGCAGAUACCUGUUCCCGGUGGACAUCAUCACAAGACGCAGCACAAGAGGAACCAGACGGACGAUCGGAAUCAAACGUCCGUGGUGCUGCCAUCAGCCUCGUCGGACCUGGACAAGAUCCAGCAGCCGGUCAAGGUCGUGCUCUCCAGCACCUGUCACCACGCCUACAACGCAUGCAAGAACGAUCCGGAGUGCAGGGUGUUGCUGGAACCGGUGCUGAACCACUGCGAGUCGGCGAGCUGCGCGAAGAACGAGUGCAUGGAAGCGUUGCAGAAUUUCUACAAAUCCGCGAACCACAAGCACUCGGUCGAGAUCGCGUUCUGUCUGUGCAGAAAGACGGACGUUUCUUUACAGAAGAAAGACGACUGUAUGAUCGCGCAGGAGAAGAUGCACCCUGCGUGCGCGCAACGAGGCGAGGGGGAAAUACCGACCUGUCACAGCUUGGCGGAAACUUGCAAAGAGCACGAGGCAUGCAGAGCGAGGCUGGAGUACUACGAGCAAAACUGCGCGGUGGACAGCGUGACGAAGAAGUGUGCUGGCCCGACGGCCGAGUGUAGGAAAGCGAUGCUGGGAAUCCUUGGUACCGAGCUGCGAUCGAACUGCGCGUGCAAGGGCACGGAGCUCACGCAACUUUACGACUGCUUGGGCUGGCAGAGACUCCUCUGGGUGAAUCCUUGCGUCGUCGAGUCCCAGAAAGAUUAUCACGCAAGAAGGAAACAUCAUCAUUACACGAGGACCACGACGACGACUGUCUCGUCGACGACCAAGUCGCCGGUUAGCACGACGACGGUCACCGUGGUCGAACAAGUGGAGGAUAAUAAAAUACCGGAAGUGACGAGAUGGACGACUACAGAACCCACGGAAACUUGGGAAAUCACCACCAUCAGCAGUACCACCAUUAGUACCACUCCCAGCACCACCACGACCACCACCACUCCACCUCGCUUCUGUGUGGUUCAAAGGCCGAGGCAAAGUCACCAAUACAUAAGGGAGGGCGAAGGCAAGAGGCUGUACCGCGAGGACGAGCCGGAAUGCUCGGAGCUGUGCCAGUGCGGCGAGGGUGAAGUUUUGAUCUGCAACACGAUCUGCGUGGACUCGUCGCCCUGCAAGACGGACUUCGCCUUCUACAAUCACGAGGCACCGGCGUAUCAGGCGCAUCGCGGGCCCUGCCUUUGCUACAGCGGCCGUUUCAUAUGCAUGCGGCCCUCGCCCGACGCUUACUCUAUACCGCACGGAGUUUUCAUGUUCCUGGGCUACAGCGAAAAGGACGAGAGCUUAUUACGACGCCACAAUAACCUCACCGUCCUGGACGCAGUGUCGUCCCUCGAUAACUUCAUGAGAGAAGAAGUUAAUAAUCAGACAGUGUGCACGCUGUUCCUGUACAACGCCACCCGAGAGAACGUGAUUGCAGUGGCGCGUCUCGGGACUGACAAUCCACCCUUAAAUAGCAGCCAAGCUCAAAGUCUGCAGCACCUUCUGCGCGUCAAGGAGGAGUGCGCCUCGAUGCUGCAGGAUCUCAGCGACAAGAUCAACAACAAGCACCACGAGGUCCACACGCACCCGCUGCUCUCCAUCUUCAAGAUGGCCGAGGUCGAGGUCAAGUUACCGUACAGCAACGAGGUCGGAGGCCUGUCGAGGUCGUCGAGCUUCCUGUUGGUCGCGAUCCUCCUGCUGCUCAGCCUGUUUCGAUCGGCGUCGACGUGCCUGGUCGCCUCGUGACACGAACGACCCAUACUCGUUUCCUAUCGAGACCAUUGAAAAUUCUCGAACGCCUAGAAAAAGCUGCUCGAACGUCUCUGAAAGAGAGAGAGAGAGAGAGAGAGAGAGAGAGAGAGAGUGAGAGAGAGAGAGAGAGAGAGAGAGAAAGAAAUAAAAGAAAGAAACCCAGCGAGAAUCGCGCGCGAUGGCCUUCGUGGCUGUUGGAUCAUCAACGAACGUCGAAGUCGCAGUUUAUUAAACGGGGCUCUAAUCUUCGUGCCUCGUGGAUCAAACGAGUAGAGAAUUUAUGCAUCGUUGCCCGCGAUCGAGGACCGGUGCUUUCUUAGCACCUCAAUUAAUCACUCAGGUUUGAUUUUUUAUUUCUUUCCUGUUCUCUGUUGUUUCCUUCUCCCCGUUUAUUCUGUUGAUUUGUACUUCGAAGAUUGAUUCAACCCGUUUAGUGCUGAAUAACCGGCCACGCCUGAGAAAAGCGCCGAGCACACAGUAUGGCGUUUAGAAAAUUGUAGAGCUUGCGUUGAAACCUCAAAGGAAAGUAAGUAG